GUUAAAACGGUUAUCGAUAAUUUUGAAAAAUUUAUUGUCGAUGUGAGAAAUAAAAUUGAGGACAUAAUAAAUGAAGCCAAAUGUAUUUGCACUGAACCCCAAGGCAACAAAAGGAGACGACGUAAUAAUAGCAGUCACGAUCACCGUGUUGCCCCGCAUUAGAUGUAUGUGACAAUAUAGUGAAUUCUGCAAAUGACAGAUUUCAGUUCAAAGAUCAUUUGGUAGCCGCAUCCCUUUUUUCCCCCGAACACUUUGGAGAAUACUGUGCUCCUAUGUCAACAUCAGGGGCUGAGCGCAAUUUCUCAAGAUUGAAGAGAAUCAAGACCUUUCUUCGAAGUACUAUGACUCAGGAUCGCCUUACAGCCUUGACGAUGCUGUCCUUUGGAAAAGAAUUUAUUUCGACCAUGGAAAAUUUCAAUGAGAAGGUGAUCGACAAAUUUGCUGCCUAGAAGGAGCGCAGGAUCGAACUGACAUAUAAAAACAUUGAAGACUGUGUGAAAGUAAGGAGACUCCACCACAUGUAGACAGAAGAUCUCAACCGGUCAGUGCGAACGUUUGACUAACCAUCGGUGACGUAACAACACUUUCACUGAACAUAGUGCGGGUGUGCUUAAUAAAGUGGACUAGUAUAAGUGAGUGUUACCUGCGUGACAUGGCAAAAAUGACUAUCCUCGCUGCCGCCGCUGUUUUGAUGUUGAUGGACUGUGUCAGCUGUCAGACGUUGCUACCGGAAGACGAGGAGAGUGAAACAG